UCUGCAAUAAAGUCACCCUACACAAAAAAGUUAUCCUUUUUGUCCCUCCCGGUUUCCGUAGUGGCGGUUCAUUGGCUGCAGGCUGAUCACAAAACAAAACCCCUCUAACAACUUGUCAGUUAUUAAGGUCUCUUUCAGGGUGUUGUCAUGGAGGAGGUGACCCGCCUGGUUUCAACAGGAGACACCGUGAAGAUCUGGGAUGCAGUUUCCAUGGCACCACUGGAGCAGUUUAACCCACACAGCAUAAGCCACCCUGUUGCACAGGCCUGCUGGAGCUCCAACAACCAGUACCUGGUGAGUGCCAGCAGCAGCGGAGACAAACUGGUGGUUUCCAGCCUCAAAUCGACUCCUGUUCCUGUGGUGGAACUGGCGGAGGGGAAAAAACAAACCCGUGUGUGUCUGAGUUCGUCAUCUCAGUUUCUGGUCAGUGGAGGUCUGGAUCACUGUGUUCACAUCUGGGACCUCAAGACCAAAAGACUGCACCGCUCCCUCAAGGACCAUAAGGAAGAGGUGACCUGUGUGUCCUUUAAUGCCAAUGACAGCUACAUCGCUUCUGGCUCCACCAGUGGAGAUCUGGUCCUCCACAGUCUGACCACCAACCUGUCCAGCAAAGCCUUCGGCCACGGCAGCAACCAGCCCAUCCAUGAGCUGAGGCUGUCCUCGCUGAAGCGCUCCCUGCUGGGCAGCGUGUCCGACAGCGGCACUGUGGUCCUGUGGGACUCCAACACCCAGAAGGAGAUCCACGUGUUCGACAGCGCCCACAAAGCCCCGGGCUCCGGCUUGGCCUUCUCCCCCGCCAGCGAACUGCUGGUGGUCAGCGUCGGUCUGGACAAGAAGAUCGUCUGCUACGACACGGCCAGCAAGAUUGUCCUGAGGUCCAUCCGGGUAGACAGUCCAUUGACCUCGGUAGACUUCACUCUGGACGGUACUGGUCUGGUAGUGGGGUCCACUCAGGGGAAGAUCUACCAGUACGACCUGAGGAACUCCAGCUCCCCCACCAGGAUUACUGUGGCACAUAAAACCUCAGUGACCUGCCUGCGCUUCCAGAGCAGCAGCAGCAGACACAAGUCCAGCAAACUGGGCUCCACCAAGAUCGGCAGUUCUAAGAGAUCCUCAACCAAGCUGCUGAACAGCCAGCCAGACUCCGCCCCCAGCACAGGCCACGCCCCCCACAGAAAGGUGACAAGUACAGCAGGGGGCGCUACUGCAGGUGUGGGGGAGGCUGAAGGCCAGCAGGGGGCAGAGCAGCUUCCUGUCGUAGAGAAGUUCAGCACCGUUGGACGAAACAGUUUGGACGUCUUCUCACCCGCUCGGGAAGACGCUAAGACCCAGGGGACGGCUGGAGACACACCGUUCGGGAGGACACACGUUACCAGUUUGGAGAUGCUGUCCAGAGACGGAGAAGGUCAGCAGGUCAUAGGCCGAGCCAGUCUGGACAUCUUCUCCCCUGUCAGAGAAGAUGGGAAUCGUUGUGUUUCAGACUCGCACCGUAAGACUCCCCUGGGAACGCCUCUGGUCGCCUCUGCGGGGCGAUGCUACAGCCCGCUGUCCACCUUCCAAACCCCUCCACCAAUCAGAGAGGAGGAGCCGAUCCCUGCCGCAGCAGCUGAGUCAUGUGACUCCAGAAAGUCCGACAAAGCCAGUAGCUCCAGCCUGGAGGGGGAGGGUCAGACCACGCCCACAUCAUCCCAGCAGACCAAUUACAAUCAGCCAGCCCCACCCUUCUUCACUCCAGAUCCCGGCCUCAGGAGAGCCAAUGGUAUUCAAGCUCAGCUGAGCUAUGACUCACCUGUCCAGGGAGCUCCACCCACCACAGCAGGUCCAGCUCUGUCGGCGGCUGUUUCCUCCUCUCUGUCCCAGAACAUCGCAGAGGCGGUUGGACAGGCAGGAGCUGCUCCUCUCACCUCCCUGCAGAUCCACUUCAUUCAGAACAUGAUUCAUGACACUCUGGAGGACUUCAGGGACGCCUGCCACAGAGACAUCGUCAACCUGCAGGUGGAGAUGGUCCGACAGUUUUACGUCCAGCUGAAUGAGAUCCACAGUCUGAUUGAGAAAUACUCAGUGAACGAGUCUCUGGUGGAGGAGAUCGAGAGGCUGAAGGAGGAGAACCGCAGGCUGAGGGCCAACUACUGACCCACCACAGCAGCGUGGCAGGAGGAGCUGUCCCGCCCUGAGCCCAGUCUCUCAGGCAGAGCUUCUGCUUGGCCUACAGACGCCCUCAGUCUUCAGUCAGAAGUGGAGAACGCUGUCUCGCCGCUGACUGAAGACGACUAACAAACUUUCUCCCUCGUCGCCUCCUGUUGCUGAGGACAACUGCAGCAAAGAACGAACAGACGGUGGAAUAAAACGUCCAGCCGAGUCCAUCAAACUUCUAUAAACAUUUUUCGGUAUUGCAAUAUAAAAAAGAAAAAACAAUUUACUGCUUCAGUCUGAGGACGUCGCUAACAGUCGCUUACACUUUCAGAGGGACAUUUUCUUACAUUGUCAGCAGCUGGCUGGUUCAUGUGUGCCUGUAUCUUGUUUUUAUUAAUAAACAUUUUGUGCGUGAAGAAUAAAAAAAGAUUCGUACUGGAAAUUAAAGCCGUUAAAGAAC